CACUAAUUAGUCCCAAGAGAUCAAUAUCGCGGCGCAGCUAAUUAUUCUCCCGGCCCAUGGAGCCGAAUCAUCAGCCAUCUCUGUCUACUCCGACUGCCGCCGCCGCCGCCGCUUCUUUGAAUUUGCCUCUUGUUUAUCGCUUUUGUCCUACUGACAAGGAGCUCAUUCUGGAAUAUCUCCACAAGAAGUUACUGAACGAGGAAUUGCCUCCCAAUCGAUUUGUUGAUGUGGAACUCUACGAGCAUACCCCAGAGCAGCUUUCUGCAAGCUAUGCAAUGGUUGGAGAAAACGAAUGGUACUUUUUCACAUCGAAAGAGAGAAACUACCUGAAAACAAAUACACCAAACCGAGCAGUUGGGAGUGGCGAUUCUGGGUCUACAAAUGGGUACUGGAAGGAAAUCGGGGUUGACAAAAUCAUUCGAGAUAGGUCCACGACCAUUGGUAUUAAAAAGAUUUUGAUGUUCUAUGAAGGAGAGCCACCGAAUGGCAGAAAAACCAGGUGGAUGAUGGAUGAAUAUAGAGUCGACGAUGUCCCAAAAUCAAUAACGGCGGGUGUCAAUUAUCCAGACAUGAGGUUUGAUGCGUGGGUGCUUUGCAAGAUCUACAGGAACAGAACAAAGCUCUGAACGGAAUUCUUUAAUUAAUUAGGGAUUUGGGGGCUGUUUUUUGUUUUGUUUUUGUUUUUGAGUUUCUUCAGCUGCUUGUUUGCCAGCUAUAUACUUCGUAUAAGUCUCCCACUAUUCAUUGAAUGAUACCUACUUUUCUUAGCUUGUUUGAACGUCUCAUUUAACGAUUUACAUUCCAUUUCAGGAAAUAAAUAAAUUGCUCUCUUUAAUUAC